AGCCUUUGCUCCUAUCCAGCAGAGCUCUUUCGUCCACUUUGACACUGUGCUGCUGCUUUUGUAUUAAAUAUUAUUUUCUUCUCAGAUUUUAAUCUCUUCCCUGCUCUUUAGAGAACGAGAGGGAAGGAUUCGCUUGAAGAGGAGUCAGUUCUGCGAGCGAGCGCGCGGGGGCGGGAGAGAGAGAGAGAGAGAGAGAGAGAGAGAGAGAGAGAGAGAGAGAGAGAGAGAGAGAGAGAGAGAGAGACUCCGUCUGACAGGCGCCGAUUCCUUCUCCGUAGACUACAGCAAGGCAGGAGCCUUAGUGGACUCCGAUUCCCAGCAUGCAACGCUAACCCCACCGAGAGGGCCUAGGCGUCACGUUGCAUCUCGGGAGCUGUAGUCCUAGAAACCCUUGUUAUGCAAAAAAACACGGGGAUGAAGUGAGGAGGUGGGCGGGUCCCGACGACAGCCCCCUGGACGGAAGUGUUGCACACGCGCGUUCUCUCAGGCGGACAGGUGAGCAGCCCCAUCUCUCGCCCUCGGCGGCGGCGGCGGCGGCACCUGUUCGCUCGUCAGGCUUCUCUGAGAAGCGGGGUGGGUUGGGGGGGGGGAGGGAACGGGGCUUCGUGUGAACCGUCAAGAGGUGGCGGGUUGGGGCCGGGAACCCAAGUAGGCCGGGGGCUGGGGAAGAAGUCAAGACAUAUAAAGUUGCCCUUUGUCUCGUAGAGUGAGUUAAGCGACUCUCCAAAGUCUCCUCGACUGCAGCCUUUAAAAUAAUAAUUAAAAAAUACUUGUAUAAACAAGCAAACGGGCAGAUAGGGGUGAGGGACGGUCGCCUACUACCGGCACCGAAAGCUAAAUCGAGGGGUUUUCGCUUCGCCCUCGGUCUCCACACACAAACACGGAGUAGCUUUUCUUAACUCGGGUCUUGCCGGGUGUGAAACAUUUCAAGGCGCGGGAUUCCGCCCUGGAUUUGGGCUGCGGGGCGAAUUGUAAGGCGAUGAUGGGACUUUGCGCUUCAACUUUUGAGGGGUGGUUUUUUGGGGGGGUUGGGGUGGGGGUUAAGUUAAAUUUACCCCGCCUCUGCCAGCGCUGCUGUGUCCGCUUCUCAACCCUCCUUUUCCACCCUCACCCCCCGCGGUUGUUUUCUCCUCAGAGGAAAAAUGCGAAACGUCACAGUUCUGGUUGGCAAUAAUAAUGAUAAUAAAGGAGUCCAAACUGUCAUACGCUGACUUAAUCCCUCUCAGACGCACAUUGUGGGGAUAACAGGCUGUGUUACUGGCCUUGGUACGCGAUUUUUAAAAAUGGCAUAGCCAGGAUUUUUGCUAGUGGGGCUGACUUUUGUAAGGGUGGGGGACUUCAGAUUUGUAUUGAUUUUGAUUAAUUUGGCUAUGCCCAUGUUUGUGAGAAAUAAAUUAAUAAGGGGUUCCCCCACUGCCACACACACACACGUAGAAGAAGAUCCGAGUUGCAAAAGCCCUGUGAGGGCUUCGCUAUUUAAAAGCAGCUUUAGUUACUUUUUAGGACUCACAAAGCAGUGUACGAACAGGGUCAAGGCAGGAUGUCAUGAUGAAAUAGCCACCAUAGCAAGCAUACAGGUUAGAAGAAAAUCCUUCCUGCCCCACCGGCUAGAGAAUUACUGAUUCACUGCUAUGGUAAAAUCCCGAGGUUCUCAGUUGUGUUCAAUAGGAAGCUCUCACUCAGCUUUACCCGGGCCUAAUGGAAGAUCCAAAAAUGGCUUCCAGUGUGAAUGCGCAAGCUCCCUGUUUUGCACAAUACUGUAGAUCAUUGGUAGGCAAACUAAGGCCUGGGGGCUGGAUCUGGCCCAAUCGCCUUCUAAAUCCGGCCCGUGGACGGUCUGGGAAUCAGCAUGAGUAGAAUGUGUCCUUUUAUUUAAAAUGCAUCUCUGGGUGAUUUGUGGGGCCUGCCUGGUGUUUUUACAUGAGUAGAAUGUUUGCUUUUAUUUCAAAUGCAUCUCUGGGUUAUUUGUGGGGCAUAGGAAUUCAUUCAUAUCCCCCCCUCAAAAAAAAAUAGUCCGGCCCCCCACAAGGUCUGAGGGACGGUGGACCAGCCCCCUGCUGAAAAGGUUUGCUGACCCCUGCUGUAGAUUGAUUGCUGGCCUCUCCUCUUAUUUCUCUAUUUUGCCUUCCGUUGGCACAGUUCAGGGGCCUGCUUGACCCUCUUCUGAAGCUUCCCCCCCCCCCCAAGGCACCACAUUAUGGCGGGACUGCUAAGGACACUUAGAAGCGCCACUUCUGAGAGAAAAAUAUGCUCAAGACUGCUCUGUGUGGGUAGAGGUAGAGGUGGGAAGCCAACUUCUUACCCCUUGUGAUUUUCUCCUAUCUCUCCACACACCCCCCCCCCACUUUACAUUUUCUGUCAGUAGAAAGUUUAUUCCAUUCUGUUGUAGAGUGUAGGCCAGGGGUCAGCAAACUUUUUCAACAGGGGGCCGGCUCACUCAGACGUUCUGGGGGGCUGGACCAUAUUUUGGAAAAAAAAAAUGAACGAAUUUCUAUGAAAAAGGUGAGAUGGCAGGGCUCUUUUACCUCCUUUUAAGAUGUCCCCACCAAUCCUGCUGGUUCUCAGCGGUUGUGAAAAGUCUCUGCAUAUGGUUGAAAGUCUUUGUGUCGAUCUGUCUGAUUUCCUCCCCACCCCCAUGUUCCAUGACUGACUCCUGAUAUUAAAAACAGUAUCUGGGGUUCAGGCAUGAGAUAUUCUAAUAGUGUGCUAUACUGUUCUAUAAGAUCAACUGAGUAUUUCCCCUGUGCUUCAAGGACACUGCGUUCUGGAUUUUGAAAACCCUGAGAGUCAAAGACCAUUUGAAAGAACAGUCAUUCUCGUUUCAGUGACCUAGGACAUGUUUGAGUGCCAGAUCCAAUUACAUUCAACUUUCCCUGUCUGGUUGAAAGAACACCUGUUCUCAGAUGAAUGGAGAGAGUCAACCAGCUAGCAGUGAACCACACUGAAACUCUUGCACUACUGGGAUAAUAUUCAAGUAGUUCAAAACACCCAGCUGCCAUAAUAAUUCGUAUAACAGCAAGAAAGGCCAUAAAGUACAAUUGCUUAGCCAAUAAAAAUGACAAUAUGUGAGAACAGCAAUGAGAAAAUACAGUGGUACCUCGGAUUAAGUACUUAAUUCGUUCCGGCGGUCCGUACUUAACCUGAAACUGUUCUUAACCUGAAGCACCACUUUAGCUAAUGGGGCCUCCUGCUGCUGCCACGCCGCCGGAGCACAAUUUCUGUUCUCAUCCUGAAGCAAAGUUCUUAACCUGAAGCACUAUUUCUGGGUUAGCGGAGUCUGUAACCUGAAGCGUAUGUAACCUGAAGCGUAUGUAACCCGAGGUACCACUGUAUAUUAUUAAUAAUUCUUCUUUUUCUUCCGGAUGAGGACAACAGUUUACUUAAAACACAUUUUGUAAUGGUUUUAUGUAGAACAAUCUAUUUUACUGUGUUAGAAAAUGAUAAUUCCUGUGAGCACUCAUGCAAGGUGUGCUCAGUGUUUUCAUUGUUGUUGCAAGUUUAUCUUGAUACCCAAAUAUGCUGCCAGUCCUUAAUAUUGUGAGUAUGCAGUGCGGUUUCUUCCCAAGUAAUACAUUUUGUUUGUUUGUUUACUACAACAUUUGUAAUUUCUAUUUUCAAGUUUUAUUUGCCUGUGUCCCAGGUGGUAAAAAUUAAGACACCUGUGUUAAUUAAGUAGCUUAAUUAACCUGUGUUUUAAGUAGCAUAGGGUGCUGCAGUCUGCCUUUCAUUCACUUGCUAGUACUGUACAGUAUUGGUUAUAUUUGCUUGUACAAAAGUAAGGGUCCAGUCGUAUACUGCAUUUACGUGCACUUUGCAAAAUGGGCUGUUCUUCUGAAUAAGUAUACAUAGCAUUGCUUUGUAAAAUUAAGAAAAAUGCCAAAUAAGUAUAAUAUUAUGCUAAUUAAGUGUUAAAUUGUAUAUUUUGUAUUGUUAAAGCAGCAAAACAACUUUAGGUUUGAUAAAUAAUUAAGUAAGUAUUGAAUAUAUUUGAAUUUCUCACUGAAUUGGAAGCCUGGGCUUCACAGUUUCUAAAAUUUUAAAUCUAGGCAAACACACUGACUGACUUAUGCUUAGCUGCCAAAGAAUGCUGAGUCUCAGUUGGAAAAGAGAAACAUAAAACUUAGGGUUGGGAGGAGAAAUAGUUUAUUCUGAUUCCUGAAAGAGGGCCUGGCCAACUGACGAGAACCCUGAAUAGGAGUACUCUGCAUUGCAGUAUUGCUUUAGAUCCUAUUGUAUUAGAUGGAAUAAUUAUGCUUGGGUUAAUCUUUCUCCUGAAACAAGAAUUUCAAUAACGUAAAGAAAAUUUAUUGGCUAAAAAACCAGAAUUUAAUCUGAAGUGUGGAGAUCAGGAUCUGCACCAAAACGUAAUUUUAAAUGCCAGCAUUUUGAAACUGUUUGACUCCACAGUGGCAAGUGGGAAACAGGUGAUUAUAGAUUGCCUCCAAUAAAUGCUCAUACAUUUAUAUAAAUUAAAUACGUAAAUGAAUUGAAAGUCACAGUCCUCCCACUUUGCUUCUGCUGUCAGCCCUUUUAUCUAUCUAACUCAGUUUCAUCAAGCUGCCUUUCAUUCACUUGCUAGUACAGUAUUGGUUAUAUUUGCUUGUACAAGCUGAACUGGUGGCUGUUCUCUAAGCUUCUGGCAGAGGGCUUUCAUAGUCAUGUUACCUGAGCUGCUUUUGACCGGAGACACCAGAUGAACCUGGGACCACCUAACACGGAAGAGGUCAAACAAUUGUUAGUUUUAAAACAGUAUUCCUAGUUAUAGUUUAUAUGCCAUUAUAUCCAGUUAGAAGUCAAAUGUAUUGUUAGCACCUUUUCAUUGCUUUUCUCAUUUUAAUUGCAGAUUGAAUAAUAGAAGAAUGGAUAAAGAUGCAUAGAAGAUGUUUGAAAUCUAAGAUGUUUGAUCUGCAAUAAUAAUAUAGGUUGCAUUAUAUCCUGUGAGAACUUUGGGCAUUUUCCAAAGAUGCUAGCUCCCUUAUUCAGCUGCCCAUCGAGAACAUUUACUGUUCCACUGCACUGUACCCAUGAAGUUAAAAUGUCGGUGUGUCUUGAAGAAUUAAGUAUUUAGCCUAAGUAUGGCUUUUGGAAAGAAAAUGUCCCUUUCUCGAGUAGAAAAUCCGUGCUUUCUGCUUUUUUUGAUAAUCUUUCAAGCAAUAUUCAUCUUGAUCCUGUACCGAGGCAGCAAUUCAACUGUAUAUCGGACUUCUUUUCCGCUACCUCGCCCAUUGGACUAUUCAAAAACAGAGGAUGUCUAUACAAAUCUCAGUUUGUUCACUCCUGCUCCUGAUAAGGCAAAUAUGCGGUACUGCACUGAGUCACCAAUAUUGGGUAUGUAUUGUUGCAGGUUGAUGUUGGUAAUGCAUCCUAAUGAUUUGAGUUGCACAUGAAAGCUGUAUUUGGCUGUGAUCCUAACUUGCACUUAGGAGCAGCAGGGCUGCAUGAAGUAGUGGAGCCACCAUCUCUUCCAUUUCCUGGUUGUACUGCUCAGGGAUAAGGAGGGAUACACACACAGUAAAAUUUCCAGUUUUCACUGUGCCAGCUCCUGGCUGGUGUUGCAGAGGGGCCUGGAUCAGGCCCAUUGGUAGUAGCUGGACUGACUAAGGCUCCAUAAGAACCUCAGCUGGGUGCAGUGGGAUCCACCUUGUUCACAGAGCACACCCCACACUCCAGGACUGGGUAGAGGGAAACCUGCUGCAUUCUAUCUCUCCAGUUAAGCUGAUUGGGUUUUAGGAUUGCUUUACCUGUGUGUGGGAUAGUUAUUAUACUGGGACCGAUGUGUGAAAGCAUCUUUCGUAGUAGCAUUAAUUUCAAAUAUUAUAUCAUUCUUUUAGAAUAUAGAAUUUUGAUGGGAAAUUACACCUGUUGGCUUGUAUUUUCUAGUGCUGGAACUGCAGGAUAUCCAUUAAACAAUGUAUGUACUUCCUUUUUUGAGUCAACAAACAGCAUCAUAAAAACCUGUAGCUAUAUCAACUACUUUUGUUUCUGUCCUUGACUGGCUGGGGAUUGUCUUUGUUAUGUGUUUGAUAAAUGGUUGGUUUGUUGUGCUAAGAGAACCUUGGCUACUACAGGAAACAUUGAUUUGAUAUUGGAUGACCUUCCAGUGGAGCCAUGUGUUUGAGCUGUUUGACUGUGGAACAGUCUCCCUCUGGAGGUUGCAGACUCUCCUUCUUUGGAGGAUUUUAAGCGGAGGUUGGGUGGUCAUCUGCCAUGGAUGCUUUAGCUGAGAUUCCUGCAUUGCAGGGGGUUGGACUAGAUGACCCUUGGGUCCCUUCCAACUCUACGAUUAUAUGAUAAUACAAUUUUCAUAUGCUAAUUAGGUAAUAAAUUAUACAUUUUGUGUUGUAAAAUCAGUAAAAGAAGUUUUGACUUUAUCAGAAAGGCAGUACUGUACUGUGUGUAUUUACUGCCCCCACCCCAAUUAUGCAUUACUAAUGAAAGUAAGGCAGUUUACUUCAGGAGUGAUUUCAGUUUUAUAUCCUCAAAAUGCAGGCACAAAAGCAGACAAAUUUAUAUUCAGGCGUUUCAAGCUAUGCCUGGGGGACAGGUUUAGCAACUGUUCCCUUCUUCCAGGUGAUAGCUGUAUGCUACAGGGGCAGUCAAUGAUCUGACUUUCUGCAUAACUUGGGUUUUGAUGAGAUGUGAUUUUGGUUUCCCAGGUCUUCCAAAUAUUCAUACUCACACAUCUGCCAUACAACAGCAGACACACAACUUUGGCUUUGUAUUGCUUUGCUAUUAAAGGCAGCCCUGUUUAGGGAAGUUUUUAAUAUUUAAUGCUGUACUGUUUUUAACAUUUGAUUGGGAGCCGCCCAGAGUGGCUGGGGAAACUCAGCCAGAUAGGCGGGGUAUAAAUAAAUUAUUAUUAUUAUUAUUAUUAUUAUUAUUAUUAAGCUACCUCAUGAGCAAAGCUCCAUUGGUGUACUGUAUCUUAAUCUCAUCUGACAAAAAUGUUGCCCAACACUUGGACUUUUUAUACAUAAGGCAUUUGAGACUCAGUCCACAUUAGUCUGACAAGAGAUUUUGAUUGUCCUUUUAACUUUUUGCCUUUGUUGUUGAAAUUUAAGAAACCCUAUGGCUGGUGAACUUGCUUUUGUAUUCUGGGUUGUAGGAUUGUGUUCUUUUUGCAUUACUUUCCUAUAUUAAUCCUCCAUUGGAAGCAGUUGCUUUUGCUAUAAGUAAAGGUAAAGGUACCCCUGCCCGUAUGGGCCAGUCGUGUCUGACUCUAGGGUUGUGCGCCCAUCUCACUUAAGAGGCCGGGGGCCAGCGCUGUCCGGAGACACUUCCGGGUCAUGUGGCCAGCGUGACGAAGCUGCUCUGGCGAGCCAGCACCAGUGCAGCACACGGAAACGCCGUUUACCUUCCCGCUAUAAAGCGGUACCUAUUUAUUUACUUGCACUCAAGAGUGCUUUCGAACUGCUAGGUGGGCAGGAGCUGGGACCAAACGACGGGAGCUCACCCCGCUGCGGGGAUUCGAACCGCCGACCAUACGAUCGGCAAGUCCUAGGCGCCACCCGCGUCCUUUGCUAUAAGUAGCUAUCCUUUUUAACAAUUGCUGUUCAUCUUAAGAUGUUUUUCAAUGUGCUAGAUAUUAGCAUCCAGUACCUCUUAUCUUGCAUGUUGCUAUUUUUAAAAACUUAAUCUUUUUCAGUAACUACUUCUGAAUAACUGCCUGACUCUGGAUUUGCGCUUGCAUUAUCUGCUCCAAUGACUGUUUUUCUUACUGCUGUACUGGUUUUGACAUAAGGCCAAACCAUAGUUUAGCACAGGGGUAGGGAACUGGCUCUUGUGCUUGCGUUGUCUAUUCCAAUGCCUGUUUUUCUUACUGCUGGACUGGUUUUGACAUAAGGCUCACCAUAGUCUAACACAGGAUUAGGGAACAGGAUCUGGUUGACAGGCCAAUUCCUUGUUUUCCCACCCAACUCUGGCAGGCCUCUCAGCUGUCCAUCACCCAACAUCACUAUGAUUUCAGUUGACCAAUUCGUUCUUUGCAGCAAAGUCAUCACCCUUGGCUUGUGUUUUUUCCACAUGACGGCGAGUUCAGAAUUGUUUAUUACUGUUUUCGAAUAACCUCCAGCUUGCUGUGUCAUCCAAACCCAAAUUGUGUUUAAUUUUAACUAUGGUUAGCAAAAGCAUGCUGACUUGGACUCAAACUCCCAUCAGUCCCAGUCCUCCCAUCAGAUAUGACCUGAGUUGUGGUUCAGCAACAUUUGGAGGACUAUAAGUUCCCCAUUUCUUCUCUCUUCUCAUUACAUUCUGAUCAAGCCGAUAUUAUAAGGUGAAAUGAGUGAAAUGAGUGGGAGUUGUGAUGGUACUAUAUCCUAGGCAGCGUUCAUUUGGUUUUGAUAAAGCUUGUGUAAAUCAUUCUGUGCGGCAGUGGCAAUAUCAGCAAAUAGGAGCCAGACAAAGUAUAGUUGCCAUUCUGUGACUCCUGAUGGGAAAGCAGUAGAUUUGCAGUAAUGAAAUUCACACACUUGAAAAAGUGACACUGUCAAUCUUUCAGCCCUUGUCUAGGAAAAAAAAGUAAUAGCUGACUCAAUCCAAAUAGUGUAGUCAGGUUGUGGAAGAGAUGGUGUUCUUUGCUUUUGUAUGCAGUAAAUGUCUAGGGUCCUCAUUAGUAGUGAGAAGAAAUAACUUCAUUUCCAUAUUCUUGAAGGGUAAGGUUUGUAAUAGGCUGUGCUGCUUUUUGAGAAGAUGAGUGUACCUAUGAUUGAAUCAUCAGUAUAAUCUGCUUAGUUACCAAUGAAGUCUUCUGCACCAACCAUGGCCAUAACCAAUUCUGGAUUGUAGUGUGGUGCAGGCUGUUCCUUUGCACAGGACGCUGAGCUGAGGGGGCGCAAAAUAAUAAUAAUGAUAAUAAAACCUAUAUUUAUACAGGCACCAACUGAGAAGAUCCAUUUUAAAAGCAACAGCACUAAAAGGAAUUAUUGUGAAGAUAAGGAAUAUUGGGUGUGCCAAAUUCUGUUCUUGCCCAGGGCACCAUAUUACCAAAGUCCUCCCCUGCCAUUACUAUUACUGAGAACUGUAAUUGCCUUUUCCCCUUGAAUCAGCAGAUCUGAUCCCUCCUAGUUUAGAGAGUUUGUUGGAAGCUGCCCAGAGUGGCUGGGGCAACCCACUCAGAUGGGCACGGGAUUAUUAUUAUUAUUUGGUAUGUUAACUUUAAUUUUAUAUGCCUUAAGUAAGUGUGGUUUGACUUCCUAUGCUCUCCUCCUACCCUUUUCCUUCCCAUGAAGCCAACUGAAUAUCUUGAACCUUUUAAUCCUUGUUCUGCAUAACUUAUUCUUAUUUUCCAGACCAUUCUAAUUACAGUGGUACCUCAGGUUACAUAUGCUUCAGGUUACAUACGCUUCAGGUUACAGACUCUGCUAACCCAGAAAUAGUGCUUCAGGUUAAGAACUUUGCUUCAGGAUGAGAACAGAAAUCGUGCUGUAUGUGAUUUAUUCAGCUGUUAAAAGAGAUCAACAAACAGUGUGGCCAGGGGUUGUUACUCGCAGUGCUUGUCCCAGUGUGGUCUGUCUCCUGUGGAUGCAUGAAGGAAGUCACACAGUACAGUGGAACCUCAGGUUAAGAACUUAAUUUGUUCUGGAGGUCCGUUCUUAACCUGAAACUGUUCUUAACCUAAGGUACCACUUUAGCUAUUGGGGCCUCCCGCUACCGCCACGCGAUUUCUGUUCUCAUCCUGAAGCAACAUUCUUAACCCGAGGUACUAUUUCUGGGUUAGCAGAGUCUGUAACCUGAAGUGUCUGUAACCCGAGGUACCACUGUAUGCUCUUCUUGUUUUCCAUUUCUUCUUGUACAGGUGCAAUCAUUGGAUCUGCUUGAGUUAAAGGAACCAACGUUUGUUCUAUACAGGAUUAGAGUAUGGGGAUAUUCUAGUCUGCAGUAAAUCCAUUCCUCCUUCACUCUAUACCAGCUUAUAUAUGCAGUUUAGUUGUAGUGUCCUUGCUGUGCUGGUGCAAUGUCAUAUUCAACUGCGUGCUGGCAUAGCAAUUGGUGUUCCCUUGGCAUAAGAAGGAUCAGUCCCUCAGAAUAGUAAAUAGAGUUGGUCAAUGUAUAGCUUUAUACCAGCCUCUGGUUUCAAGGCUGCUAUUGAUUGUGAAAAUGGAACACUUUUAAUUUAAAAAUGUUAAUUGAAGUGCUAUGACCCCACUGACCCAAGGAAGCUGCAUUGUAUACUUAAUAGCUCUUGCUGUUUAAAGACAAAUUAAGUACUGAUUCCACAAUUAAAUAUAUUUUCUGUGAAGUACUUAUAUAAAAACAUGCUGGAAUUUAAAAACCACCUAGAGUUUGUAAGAAAGCAGUUGACUAGCUUCUUAUUGCAAGGGAUUGGCUGAUUUGUGCCUGUCCCUAAUUGAUUUUGCGUUCUAACAUAAUGGCCUUGUUUGGAUGAGCCUUGGGAUCAUGCACUCAUCCUUGCACAAGUGCAAAGAAGCAUUCAUUUUAAACUACCAGCAGCUUGCUGGGGACAUCUAAGCUCAGGCAAGCUGCAAAUCAAAUUGUACUCUUAUGAAGCUGGCUUGCUUUAGUUUAGUUUAGCCAUAGUUUAGGGUUUGGACGGAAUGCUAAACCAGUUAAUUUUAAAUGGAAGUAGAAGCCUCUAAUCUCCUCUGCAUCCUUAUCAGAGGAGAGGGGAAAUGCACAGGCCUGAGGCUUGCAAAGGCUUGCUCUCCUAAUGCUAAUUAGUGGUUUAGUCAGUUAUGUCUGAGCUCAUCCAGAGCCUCCCACACUCAUUCUUGUAGAAGAAAAAUGUUUAAAUCAGCACCUGUGCUCUACCAACCAUCCUCGUAGGAGACUUUAUCUCCAUGAAUAACUUAUUCUGAAACUCACCCACUUAACCCUUCUUCUCAUACAGUUGGACCCUUAGCCGUCACAUUUGACACACUACCCAGUGAAGAAAUGAUCAUCAGCAAAAACCCGUAUGUCCAGUCAGGUGGUCACUACAGCCCUCCACAUUGUGUGGCUCGCUACAAAACUGCUGUCAUUGUGCCACACAAGAAUCACGAGAAACACUUGCAGCACUUCCUCUAUUAUCUCCAUCCCUUCCUUCAGCGUCAGCAGAUUAACUACUGUAUCUACUUGAUUCAUCAGGUAAGCCAAACCAAAGGCACACUGCAAGUCUCUUUAACAUGUUUUUUUUAAUAAAAUGAGCUAACGCAAAGGUUGUCAGAUAAGUACAAAAUAUGGGAGUGUGCCUGCAGUUUCAAUAUACGACUGUCUAUAAAGUGCUCCUCAUAAAAUCAAAAUCUGCUUUACGUAGAAUCUUCUGUGGAGAAAAAAGUUGAAAUGUCAAGGAUGCUGCUGCUUUCUAAAUUGCAAGUGGUUAAUCUUCUAAUCAGCCAUGCUGCUUUUAUGCCAGAUGGAGUACAUGCUAUGAGUGCUGCUUAGUCCAAACUCUUCCUAUGGAUGUUUCUAUGAAAAUAAUGUGAUCUGCUGGGGAGUUUAAAAAAUAAAAAAUAAAAUCACAUGUAAAGAUCAGAAACAAAAGGGAAGUACUGAAGAGAAGGCCAUUUGUGGAGGAGUUAAUUAGUUGUUUUUCAUUUCUAGGUGUGAAUGUGUACAAUUGAUAUCAGGCUUGUAUGUUACAAAUUUUGUGGUCAUCACACUCAUUAUUAACCAUGUAAACUUCACUUUACAGCUGUUAACAUAUUGCAUGAAAUUCCAGUCCUGAAAUGCUGGCAAUCGUGGUCCAGUGAUUAUUAGCUCCAUUUUGCUUCUUCCAUUUCCUCAGAUCCUCAUUCUCCACUUACCUUUCUUCAUGUUCUUCUUUACUUAAUAGCUAUUCUUCACCCUUAUUUUAGCCUCCUUAUCUCUCAUCCCAUAGUCCAGCUGCUUGUGUGAGGUGGCGAUCCCUUCCUAACCACUAAUUUUGUCUUUCCUCACAGUUGCUGGACUGCAAACUAGUUUCUUCAACAACUGAUUGAUACGCCAAGCAUGCCGAAUAUCUCAGUGUCACAAAAGCAACACAAUAUAUUAUGAGCACCCUCUAACCAAUUCAUCAUUGUGUUCUAAGGCUGAUUUUCGUUUUCUCUUUUCAGGCUGGAAGUGGCCCAUUUAACCGAGCAAAGCUUCUUAACGUUGGAGUCCGCGAGGCCAUGAAAGACGAUGACUGGGACUGCCUGCUUCUGCAUGAUGUGGACCUCAUUCCAGAGAAUGAUUAUAAUGUUUAUGUCUGUGAUGAUUAUUUCCCCAAACAACUGUCCACUGCUAUUGACAAGUUAUACUACAGGUAAUAAAUAUCCUAAGGAAAAGGUAUACUAGGUCCAUAAACCAUAAUAUUACCAUUGGCUGGGGGCGGGCAGGAGAGAGGAGAAGAAAUGUAACACAAGUAAUACAAAAAUGCAAAUAGUACAAAUGAAAAUGAAUUUAUUAAAUAAUAAUUGUUUAAAAAUUAUAAGGGUUAACACUGGGCCAAGUGCUUUGCAGUCAACCAGCAGUUUUGCAGGUUCUGGCAAUUUCAUUUUUUAUGAAGCAAUUGGAUAGAAUAUGUCUACUCCUUUCCCCCUUCUAACAUUGUGUGCAUAUGGAUUAGGGUACGGAGCAUAAAACCACACAGGUGUUCUCCUGCAUGCGCUUCUUUUGUAUGGCACUUUGAACUUGGGAUUGUAAGUCCCAUUGAAUUUAUUUGCAAUUUAUUUUUAUUUGCAAAUACAACAAACCUUUAGAAAAAAUGUGGCAGUGAGAAGCAUACAAUCAACAAUAAAAUGUUCUUCAUAAAACAAGUACAUUAGAUAAGCCUAAUACAUCAACACAGCACCCUUCAGGAACGCCGAUGAGUUUUAAGCAGGUGUGUAAGUGCCAAUACUGCAAGCGCCUUCCUGGUGUUCAUUGGAAGCACAUUCCAAAGUGCUUUGCUUCUGUUGCAAGGAAAAACUGUUUUCUGGUAUUUUCUUACUUCUAAGCAUGCUUAAAUCAUGGCCUUAACAUUGAGAUGUAAGAGAGAAGAAACUUGGAAGGUAUGUUUUUAAGCAUACUGAAGUCUUGAACUUUUUCCAGAACUAAUACUCCCUGUCUUCACAACACUUCUGGUACAGCAUCAGGAGCACUAAACUUGCAUGAAUGUGAAAGUCAUUGUGUCCUGAUGCUCCAUGUAGGACCAAAGAAAAAUAAAGUAUUCUAGUUUGUUGUGCCAGAUGCAUGUACUCUUUGCUUUCCACAGUGCAGUGCAAUAUUUGUUUUUCUCGGUAAACUGAUCUAGGUUUAUUUUUCUUUGUAGUUUCCCAUACUGGUCCUUUUUUGGUGGUGUAAUUGCUUUGACCCCAGAGCAUUACAUGAAGAUAAAUGGGUUUCCAAAUACCUUCUGGGACAAAGAUGGUGAAGAUGAUGACAUUGCUGAAAGGUACUAGUGAGGAACAGGCGUUGAAAAAGGUUGUGAUAAAUUCAAACAUAACAACAGUGAAGUUGUGCCUGCUUAAAAGAAUGAUGUGAGAGCUCUCCAUCGCUCAAUAGGACCUCUGUUCAGAAAGUGGUUGGUAAUUACUUCAUUUGAUAGGUUGGAUUUAAAGGUGCCCUUUUGCGUGUGGAAUGUGUUUUCCAUUCAAAGAAGCACUGCUUUGCACCUUUAGUUAGAAAAGUGUGAGAAAAGUUGGCUGAAAUGGCAGAACAUUUGAAAACCGUCCUCUGAAGGCUGCUAUUCCAAGGACAGGGCUCUACGGUGCAAGAAUCUAUAAACAAGCCUGAAGCUGCACUGCAGGGAACAGAAAUUUUCACUCUGUUGUUUGUUUGCUUUUAAAUCCAAACUCCUUGUACCAUGUGACAAGCUGCUUAGGAAUUUCCAAAGGAGUUUAUGAUAAAGGGUAGAAGAUUGCUGUCUGAGAUAAAAGGGCACCCAUACAAGCCUUUGCAGACAGUUAAAAAGACUUUAGAUUGGGAUGUGUACAGGGGGCUGCAAGGUGACAAGGUGGUUUCUUACUGGGCGUUGAAUUGAAUGUCAGCCAGUUGCUAGUUUGAGCAAAGAUCAGCCCUAUCAAACAUGAAUGUGGCAAAGUCUUGUGAAAUUUCUGUUCAUCUUUCCCGGGCGUUUUUCUGUUCCCAGACACUGUUGACAGAAUAUAAAAAUGUAAAUGGAACACUUUGUUCUAACCGCUGUUCAAAGUAAAGGUGACUAACCUGUGGGCGGUAUCCAGGCCUCCCCGCCCCAUGUUUUGUGCCCCUCAAGAUGUCCCCAAAUUUGUUGAUUUUUGUUGAAAGGCAGAAUUAUCCCCCCCCAUUUUUCUAGUUGUUAAAAAUGUGUUAACAUUGACUAACUCUAGUGUGAUGCCAAAUUGUUUUUGUGCCCUUCAUGCUCCCUAUUUGUCCAUUUUAUUGUUAUUAAUUACCAUUCCUGAGGAUCUCCUCCUGUGAUUCUAUGGUGCCUAAUAAUUGUUGUGAAACCAAAGACACCCUUCUCUAAUUCCUUCUUUAAAAAAUUGUUAAUGAAUGAUAAAUAAUUUAAAAUAGUGCAGAAUAGCAGAUGGGAAAGUAUUUUGGAAUGUAGACUUGAUAACUGCAGUUCUCACUUUGGCCCAGUGCAUUUGAAGCAGAGAAAUCUGACACAGCAUCACCAGCCUGAUAGGCUUUCAUACUGGCCACUGAAGCCGUGAAGCCAUUGUCAGCAUAUGUGGUUAUAUUAAGACAAUGUUACUCAUAUGCCUGCCCCCUUUCAAAAAAAGGAAAAACCAUUUCUAAGGAACCGCAUUGAAGCUCAUCAGAUUGAACUUCAAAGAAUUGGUUUCCUAACCCUAACCCUGAUACAGAGUGGAGGCUGGUGCUAAAAUCUGUUAUUUCGGGUUUUGUGAGCCAUUUUUGAGCAGAGGCAGAGCAAUGCACCCAAGGUAGGACAAGAAAGAAAACGGCUGGCCUGAUCUUAUAUAAUUCCACCCACCAAGAGCAAAUUAUCCAGCCAUCUUGUGUCUGUGUCAUUGCUAGACAGAAAAUAAUUGACAAUCAUGAACCCUUAGAAUAUGCCAGUCCUAACCAUUUCACCUUUGUUGCUGUCUGCCUUGAUUUUGCCAUUUUUAUGGAGAAAUGUUCUGAAAUGCAUGUACUUAUGCUAGUAAAUUAACAUUUUCACCAUCUCUUCACUUCAAAAGGAUUGCUAUUGCAGGAAUGGGAAUAGAUCGCGUUCCACUUUAUGUUGGGCAUUACAAAAUGAUAGACUAUGGACAAGCUGCUGAACGUGUACAGAACCUUAAAAGGUGAAUACAGAUUUUCUUCUUUCCAUGACCGGUUUUAUGUGCACUACACUUCCCAGCAGACAGGGCUUGUAACACAUUGCAUCCGCACUGGAUCAAACCACACCCUCACCCUUGAGCCAGGAUAUAUAUUUAAGUAGUAGAGACUUACAGUCUUUGGCACCUCAAAUUCAUUGUUUAUCAAUGCAACUACCAGCAGGAUGGAGCAAAAUAUUUAAAUAUCUUAUUGAUAAACAUCUCCCCAACAGCCAGAGUUGAGGCAUUCCAGCAGCUCUACUGGAAUGGAGAUAAAUGAACAGCAGAGGUGCCUAUCAGCUACAUCAUCUGACACAGAAACUCUUCUCAGCCUUCGCUGUUGUGGCUGCUUUGAGCUGAGAGAUACUGUAUAUGCUCAGAGGCACACCAAGCAGAUUACUGGACUGCCCUCGGUUCAUAGCACUCAGAUAGACUGAAAACUAUGCCGCUCUUUGGCUGCACCUGGCCUUUUUGGUAUUGAAGGCUCUGCUUGUGAAGGCAUUCAGUCUGCCACCAAAUUUCCCGAAAGAGCCUCAUGUGCUUAAUAGCACAUUCCUGGGUGAGGCACCUCCUACUUGGGAAGUUUUUCUUUGCAAGAAUUCGCCUAUCUAUUCACGUUUCAUAGCGCUAGAAAACUUCCUCUUCAUCUCUGCUGAAAAACCUAGACCUGUAACAUUGGUAUCUGAUUAGCAUUUUUAUCUCUUUACUGUCCCUGCCUCACAUAAUUCCCCCUUUACUUUCCCCUCUAGGCCUGCUGAACUGAACACUAAAAAAACGUGGAGAGAUGAUGGGAUGAAUUCUUUGGAAUACAAACUCUUGGGAAAGAAGAAGUAUCGUCUGUAUGUUAACAUUACUGUGGAUAUUGGGGCUGCACCCGUCCUACCACCCGAGGGCAAAAACAAAGGAAACAAAGCCUGACUCUGGCAGCAUUGGACUCUUGCAGUGCUGGAGUUUGCUGGGUACAAAAGGAUUGUGCGGUACGCAGACAUGAAGAUCCAUUUUUAAAGCUUCUAUUUACAAGUAAAAUAAUAAUAAAGUCACCACGAAUGAACACGCGAGUAUUAAGUUCAUGUAUUUUUGGAAAAGCAUGCAGCCAUUGUAAAGUGCGAUGUCUACUGAACCCUGCACUCUUACUCACCUGCACAAUUCUUGAAGAGCAAGUGUUAGAUCUUAUAACCAGUUACACUGUGAUGUGGAUACUUGACAUUACUGUAUCCUCUUAACCGUAUGAAUGUAACGUGAAUUUAUGUGUUUGUUCUAUUUUUAGACAUCUUUUGCAUUAUAAAUUCUGUUCUCUUGCACCAGUGUUAAUGCUUUAAGGUGGCAGUUAAGUAUUAAAUGUGUUUCAAAGUGUUAAUUUUGUAAAAGUUUAUUUUUCAAUGAAUUUAAAUAAACUGCACUGAGUAUUAGCGUUUUGUCUCAGCCGCAAUCAUCACCUGCUUUUCUGAAGGAUCAUUUCUCUCCUUAGAGGCUUUGCAUUGCUCCAGAGGUUUC